AAUUCAGUUGUCAGUCUUCAGUUAUACUUUAUAACAAGCUAGCUCGUAUUGCUUUCUAGAUAGAGAAGAAAAACACCAGCCAAAAAAAGAAAUUGAUAUUUUUUUUUCUUUGCUUUUUUGCAUUUACAUAUAAAAAAAAAAGUUUUUUAAAAUAUAUUUUUAAUUAAAAAAUUUGCUAGUAUUCCUUUAAAAUAAUUUAUAAAAAAUAUUUGUUAUUGUUUUUGAAUAAAAUUUAUUGAAAAAAAAAUUUUCCAAAAUGUCAAGAAUUUUAUUGAAAAUUCCAAAAGUUGUUCUACAACAACAAAAACAACAAAAUGUACAUUUAAUCAAUACAACGAAUGCUGCCAACUCAAAAAUUAAUUCUACAGCUGCAAUGAGCUCAUGGUUUCAACAUGUGGAAAUGGGUCCACCAGAUGCUAUUUUAGGAGUUACAGAAGCAUAUAAACGUGAUCAAAAUCCAAAUAAAAUUAAUUUAGGUGUUGGUGCAUAUCGUGACGACAAUGGUAAACCAUUUGUUUUACCAAGUGUACGAAAAGCUGAAGAACGUUUAAUAAAUAAAAAAUUGGAUAAGGAAUAUGCACCAAUUGCUGGUUUAGCAGAUUUUACAAAACAUGCUAUUGAAUUAGCUUUGGGUAAUGAUUCCGUUAAUAUAAAAGAAAAGAAUAAUGCAACUGUACAAGCAAUUAGUGGUACCGGUGCAUUACGAGUUGGUGCAGCUUUCUUAAAUAAAUAUUGGAAUGGAAAUCGUGAAGUUUACUUGCCAACACCAUCAUGGGGUAAUCACACACCAAUAUUCCAACAUGCUGGACUUAAAGUAAACAAGUACACAUAUUAUGAACCAAAAACAUGUGGUUUAAAUUUUAAAGGAAUGUUAGAUGAUAUUAAUAAAAUGCCAGAAAAAUCAAUUGUUAUGUUACAUGCAUGCGCUCAUAAUCCAACUGGUGUUGAUCCAACAUCAGAACAAUGGAAGGAGCUAUCAAAAGUAAUGAAAUCGCGUAAACUUUAUCCAUUCUUUGAUAUGGCAUAUCAAGGAUUCGCUAGUGGUGACGUUGCACGUGAUGCUGCUGCUGUACGUAUAUUUGAAAAUGAUGGACAUAAUUUUGUCUUAUCACAAAGUUUUGCAAAAAAUAUGGGUUUAUAUGGUGAAAGAGCUGGUGCAUUCACAGUAAUCUGCUCAAAUAAAGAUGAAACUGAUCGUGUCAUGUCACAAAUAAAAAUUUUAAUUCGUCCAAUGUAUUCAAAUCCACCAAUACAUGGUGCUAGAAUUGUUAGCGAAAUUUUAGGUAAUGAUGAAUUAAAAACAAUUUGGUUAAAUGACGUUAAAGGUAUGGCAGAUCGUAUAAUUGGCGUAAGACAACAAUUAAAGGAUAAUUUAGUUAAAUUGGGAUCAACAAGACCAUGGGAUCAUAUUACCAAUCAAAUUGGUAUGUUCUGUUUUACUGGUAUGAAUGCACAAAAUGUUGAACGUCUAACGAAAGAAUUUAGUAUUUAUUUAACGAAAGAUGGUAGAAUAUCAAUGGCUGGUGUUACAAGCAAAAAUGUUGAAUAUUUGGCAAAGGGUAUGCAUGAGGUAACAAAGUAAAAUUGACUUAAUUAUACAAUUACUAGGAAAGAAAAAAGAAUUAUUAAGAUCAAAAAGAGCAUAAAUUUUUAAAUAUUUAUAAAAAAAAUCCCCACUAUUUCUUUUUUUCUGAUAUUCCAUCAUUAUUAAAAUUUGUUUGAAAUUUGAAAAAAAUAAA